AUGUAUCAACAAAAACAAUCAAUCGAUACCAUAGAAGAUUGUAGCGAAAAGGUAAUUUCACCAGGCUCGGGUAAUUUCGAAUCACAACGAAUUACUCGUUUUACAAACAAGAAAAUAUUUCCGAGCUUUGGACAACCUUUUCUAGCUAGAUCUAGCUCCGAACCCACCUUAUCUGGGGCGAUUGAACGUUUAAGAGAGGUAUCUCGUCAAAGCUGCUUGGCAAACCCAGUCAACAGCUCAUCGAAAUUAAUUUCAGGUAAACUCGUCUACUUCUCUGUUUAA